AUGUCUCCUCCAACUAUGGUCCAGAAGCCUGUCGGCAAUGUCGACCUUAAGACUCCAGUAGUUCGUCUUGAGUCGAACUCUACAGACUCUCAAGUCAGUUUCGCUGACUGGGACAAAUUCAAUUUUGCUCCUAUUAGAGAGUCCACUGUCUCGAGAGCCAUGACCAAAAGAUACUUUAAUGACUUGGACAAGUACACCGAGUCUGAUGUGAUUGUUGUUGGGGCCGGGUCGGCUGGAUUGUCGGCUGCGUACGUAUUGGCCAAGAACAGACCUGACUUGAAGAUUGCCAUCAUUGAGGCCAGUGUUUCUCCCGGUGGUGGCUGCUGGUUGGGCGGCCAAUUGUUCUCUGCGAUGGUCAUGAGAAAGCCUGCUCACUUGUUUUUGGACGAGCUUGAGAUCGCAUAUGAGGACGAGGGUGACUACGUUGUUGUCAAACACGCUGCCUUGUUCAUGUCCACUUUGAUGUCCAAGACCUUGCAAUUCCCCAACGUCAAAUUGUUCAACGCUACUGCUGUUGAGGACUUGAUCACUCGUCGUGACGAGUCAACGGGUGAAUUGAGAAUCGCUGGUGUGGUUACCAACUGGACAUUGGUCACUUUGAACCACGACACCCAGUCUUGUAUGGAUCCUAACACCCUCAAUGCCAACGUUGUGCUUUCCACCACUGGUCACGAUGGUCCAUUCGGUGCCUUCUGUGCCAAGAGAUUGGAGUCGUUAAGACCAAAGAGCGCCAAUGAGCCAUUCGAGUUGGGUGGCAUGAGAGGUCUUGACAUGAACAAGGCCGAGGACGCCAUUGUCAAGGGCACUAGAGAGGUCGCACCUGGCUUGGUCAUUGCCGGUAUGGAGUUGGCUGAGGUCGAUGGCUCCAACAGAAUGGGCCCAACUUUUGGUGCCAUGGCGCUUUCCGGUGUCAAAGCCGCUGAGUCUGUUUUGAACGUGUACGAGACACGUAGGAAACAGAACGAAGCGUGCUACGGUGGAUUGCAGAACUGA